ACAGAAGAGCAGCUACCGGACUCUCACUGGAGCAAGCUGUAACAUGCAACCGCCGGCAAGCCAGUGCGGACGCGCCUUGGUGGCGCUGCUGCUGGCCUGUACCUUCUUGGGGGUUUGGGGAGAGGAAAGAGGAUUCCCACCUGCCCAAGCCACUCCGUCUACCCUAGAGACUAAAGAGGUAAUGACGCCACCCACUAAGACCUCUUGGACAAGAGGCUCUAACUCCAGUUUGAUGCGUUCCUCAGCACCUGCGGAGGUGACCAAAGGAGGAAGGGUGGCUGGAGUCCCUCCAAGAUCCUUUCCUCCUCCGUGCCAACGAAAUAUUGAGAUCAACAAGACUUUUAAAUACAUCAAUACGAUUGUGUCCUGCCUCGUGUUCGUGCUGGGCAUCAUCGGGAAUUCCACGCUGCUGAGAAUCAUCUAUAAGAACAAGUGCAUGCGAAAUGGUCCCAAUAUCUUGAUCGCCAGUCUGGCUCUAGGAGACCUCCUACACAUCGUCAUCGACAUCCCCAUAAAUGUCUACAAGCUGCUUGCAGAGGACUGGCCGUUUGGAGCUGAGGUGUGUAAGCUGGUGCCCUUCAUACAGAAGGCUUCUGUGGGGAUCACCGUGCUGAGUCUGUGUGCUCUAAGUAUUGACAGAUAUCGAGCUGUUGCUUCUUGGAGUCGAAUUAAAGGAAUUGGGGUUCCAAAAUGGACAGCAGUAGAAAUUGUUUUAAUUUGGGUGGUCUCCGUGGUUCUGGCUGUCCCUGAAGCUAUAGGUUUUGAUGUGAUUACAACAGACUACAAAGGAAAGCCUCUAAGGGUCUGCCUGCUUCAUCCCUUUCAGAAAACAGCCUUCAUGCAGUUUUACAAGACAGCCAAAGAUUGGUGGCUGUUCAGUUUCUACUUCUGCUUGCCACUAGCCAUUACUGCAAUCUUUUACACCCUGAUGACCUGUGAGAUGCUGAGGAAGAAGAGUGGCAUGCAGAUUGCCUUAAAUGAUCACUUAAAGCAGAGACGAGAAGUGGCCAAAACAGUAUUCUGCCUGGUCCUGGUCUUUGCCCUCUGUUGGCUCCCACUUCACCUCAGCAGGAUUCUGAAGCUCACUCUUUAUGACCAAAAUGAUCCUCACAGAUGCGAGCUUUUGAGCUUCUUGUUGGUUUUGGACUACAUUGGUAUCAACAUGGCUUCUUUGAAUUCCUGCAUUAAUCCAAUCGCUCUGUAUUUGGUGAGCAAAAGAUUCAAAAACUGCUUUAAGUCCUGCCUGUGCUGCUGGUGCCAAACAUUUGAGGAAAAGCAGUCCUUGGAGGAAAAGCAGUCCUGCUUGAAGUUCAAAGCUAAUGACCACGGAUAUGACAACUUCCGGUCCAGCAACAAAUACAGCUCAUCUUGAAGGAAAAGGGUAUCGCUUAAUCCCAUGGCCCUUGUUUUGAACAGAUAUCAUGAAAACAGAAUGAGACCUUUGCCAAAUCAAAGUCAAAAUGGGGAACUGU